AGGUUGAAAUCCCGCCCACCCUAAUACAUAUUGGAUCUAACCAAAGUCCACACUCCUGUAUCUAAUGGCAGACAAUGACCCGAAGGACCCUCCGCCACCAUACUACUCUGUGGCAGCGGACCCACAGACGCCUCCUAUGACCUAUGAUGAGGUAAUUUGUCAGGACAAAUAUGGGUUCACACAGAAACCUGUGCCAUACUAUGUUCCAAAGGAGCCAGCACCAGUAAAGGUAGACGCCGUCAUCAUCACUACACAGCAUGUUGUUGUUCCUACAAAAAGGCAGAAGUCUUGUGGACGGAGUGCCAAAUGUUGGGGUGGAUGGGUAGGUGCGCUGCUGGUGUUGGCUCUCAUUGGACUGGCCAUCUGGCUUGGAGUGUGCUAUGGAUCCAAGUCGAAUUCUGGACAUUAUGAGAAUGACUGCAGGGGACAAGAUUGCAAAGAACAGGAACAUGACAGUGAUUGCAGAGGAAAAGACUGCAAGGAACAGGAAAAUGACAGCGACUGCAGAGGAAAAGACUGCAAGGAACAGGAACAGGAACAUGACAGCGAAGAAGAACACCACAGGACGCAAGAUGGCACGAGUGUACCUGACACCUGCUCCAACUCUUCCAAGCAGUGUGAUGGCAUCCAAAACUGCCAACAGGCCGCCGAUGAGGCAAACUGUGUGAGAUUUGGUGAAGGUGGAGUGUUGCAGGUCAGAACUGCUCAGGAUGGUCGAUUCCUUCCAGUGUGUUAUCAGGGAUUGGAUCAGAGUUAUGCUGACCAGAUCUGUGAACAGCUGGGCUUCAGAAGAUCUUAUGCAUCAAAUCCAGUGGAUAGCAAGAUGUCUGUAGCCCUUACUGUAGGACCGAGAUCAGCCAAACUAAUACAGGGUCUGGUCAAUGUCAGUUUGGGCUGUCGGGAUGAGAAAGCAGUCUCACUUGAAUGCACAGACUGUGGCAAGCAGCAAAUUGCCUCCAGGAUCAUAGGGGGCAGCACCUCUCAGAUUGGCCAGUGGCCUUGGCAGGUUAGCCUGCAUUACACUGGAAGCCAUGUUUGUGGUGGAUCACUCGUCUCUCCAGACUUUGUUGUGUCAGCUGCCCAUUGCUUCCAAGGCUCAAUGAGGAAUUCUGGAAAUUGGCGUGUCUAUGCUGGGGCUAUUUCCCAGAGUGCCCUUCAGAUACCCUACCUUGUGAAGAAGAUCAUAGUGAAUGAGAACUACAACAUUAACAACAAUGAUUAUGAUGUCGCCUUGCUGAAACUCAGUAGUCCUGUUACCUUCUCCGGCACUGUGGAGCCAGUUUGCUUUCCUACAUUUGACCAAACCUUUUCUGAUGGAUCAGAGUGCUGGACAUCUGGCUUUGGGACAACACAAGAGGGAGAAGUCCGUGCCUCUACAAGCCUCAUGGAAGUGACAGUGAAUAUCAUCAACACACGUCUGUGUAACAGCAGUCAGGUGUACCGUGGGGCCAUCACCAAGAAUAUGAUAUGUGCCGGUGAUAUGAAUGGGGGCCGGGACUCCUGUCAGGGGGACAGUGGAGGUCCGCUGGUGUGCAAGGGGGAUAAUAACCGCUGGUAUCUGGCUGGAAUUACGAGUUGGGGAGCUGGAUGUGGACAAAGACAAAGACCAGGAGUAUAUAGCAGAGUGACCAGCCUUCUGCCCUGGAUCUACAGCAAGAUGCAGCAAGAGAAGCCCUGAUGCCUCUUUUCUGUAUGAUGUGUCCAUUCCUGAGGACAACAGUGGACACAGCG